AUGGCUAAACUGGCCUCCUCAGUCCUAAACACAGAUGCGCAGGCUGUUUCACCAGAGCCCUCAUUAACUCCUGAAGGCUACCUCCAGCUACCACUCAGCCACCUUCUGUGCCAAGACAACCCACACCUGUGCCAGACAACGCUCCGAGCCUUCUUCAAGCCACGCAGCCAACGCAGUAUGUACCCUCCUAUCCACACACAGAGUACGAAUACACUCAUGAUGCAGUCGCACUCGGACAAUCAUGCAGCUCAGCUUCCUCCUGCAGUUAUGACUACACAAUCUAAUGUCGCACCCAUAAUGACCUCCGCCUUGUCUCCACCGAUGUAUGGCCAGCCUUUACCGUCUGCACUACAGACACUGCCAGCCCAAGGUCAACCAGCAGUCUCCCAGCCAUUCUAUCCAUCAUUUCAGCCCCGUGAUCUUCCACCAUUUGGAUCAGAUAUGCUGAUUGCUUCCACUUACGGUAUUCCCAGGCCUACCCUGCCUUAUUUUGAGAGUGGACGUGAAAGCGACUUUGCCCUGCUGAAGAUGGCACUCGACAACCUCCUGAGUACCCACACUCACCUCAGUGAACAGUAUAAGUAUCAGGUACUACUCGGUCAGCUGAAGCACGCUAGCGCACUCCAACUUGCUAAAGCUCACAUGUACCACCCACAGCCCUACACCACGGCCUUGAAAGCUCUUCAAGACAAGUACGGCCAACCACGGCAGCUCGUUCAAUCUGAACUGGGUACAAUAUUGAGCAUGCCAGCUUUCAAACCAGGAGACUUUGCUGCAUUCGACUCCUUCGCCCUGGCGGUGCAGUCAUUGGUUGGAAUGCUAAGGUCACUUGAGGGUCAUAACAGUUACGAGCUGAUGUGUGGCUCUCACGUUGAUCGCCUGCUGAGCAAGAUGCCGCCACACCUCCGUGACAGCUUUGUGGAAUACUGCCUGACCCGUGGUAUCCUUCAGACAGAUGUUCAGCUUCAGGAAUCUGCAUUCAUUGAAGCGAUUAUUACCGACUCUCCAGCCCCCGAUGCUUCCCAGUUUCUGUCACGGGAUGCCCUCAAACCUGCCCAACGGCUUAAACGCGUCCGUACUACCGCCUCGAACCGGCAGGUCUCUCGUUUCCACUGGACGGUUCUUUCACCUGAACUCUCCCAAAUGACGUCUCUGUCGCCGAAACUGUCCAGCGGCGCCGCGGUGAAGAUCCGCGUCAACAGUCUAGACCUGGGCACCACCAAAUGGAAGGAGGGAACGUUCGAGAUCCAGGAGAAGGACAACAAGGCCAGUCUGUGUCUGCGCUUCAGCUGCGGAGGAGCCGCCAAAACAUUCCAGCUCAGUCAGAACGUGAAGAAAGUGGCUCCUCAUCUCAAUAAGAUCACGCUGACCCUGAAGGACAACAGUGUGAUCUUUCUGGACAAACUGCCUCAGACUCUGGCCCAGAAAACCAAAGACUAUCUGGAGAAACUCCGGCUCGGGAAACCAGUGUUAAAAACUUCGUACGGAAGCGCUAACUUCAGCGUCCUGAGCAACCGCACUGUGAAGAAUGACUCCACUCCCCCAGGAGAGAGACAGUCGGCUCCUCGGCGUCAGAGCUCCGAGACCCGGGACGACUCCACUCCUCGUAAACCUCUGGGCAGCCCAAGCCGAGCCUCCUCUAUGCCCACACGCCCUCUGUCUGAGAACAGGAGCGAGAAGAGGAAGCGGCUGAUGAACUCUGAAAGUGACCUGACUGAAGACUAUCCCAAAGAGAACGACUCCUCCAGCAACAACAAGGCCACAGCGGAUCCAUCCAGGAAGUUUCUCCAGAGCUGCAAAGACAAACUGAAGCAGCAAGAGGAGAACAGAAACUCUGCUUCUCUGGCUUCGACUCCUCUGCAGCCGACGUCGUUCUAUGGAAGCAGAUCUGUGACCAAAGACUACGGACAGAGCCCCUCUUUCCUCGACCGUCCGUCGGCCGCCUCGCAGUCGUCCUCCGUUAAGAGAAGUCUUCUGUUGCCGAACCACUCGACUCCGUUCAAAAAGGUGCGACCGUCUCUGGACUACGGCGGCUGGAACAAACCCAGACCCACGACUCUGGCUCAGCCGCAGCCUCCUCUGCAAGGGUUCUCCAACUUAGGAAACACUUGCUACAUGAACGCCAUCCUGCAGUCGCUGUUCAGCCUCCCGUCUUUCUCCAACGACAUGUUAAAGCAGAGCAUCCCCUGGAAGAAGGUGCCCAUCAACGCUCUGCUCAGGCGUUUCGCUCACCUCAUGGCCAAGAAGGACGUGGGCUGCCCCGAGACCAAGAAGGAUCUACUCAGAAAAGUCAAGAGCGCCAUUUCCUCCACGGCCGAGAGGUUUUCAGGAAACAUGCAGAAUGACGCACAUGAGUUCCUGAGCCAGUGUCUGGACCAACUGAAGGAUGACGUGGAGAAGAUGAACAAGAGUGAGACGUCUGCAGCAGCGGGAGACGGCAGCAGCUCGUGUGCCUCACUGAGGACUGAACCCGGAGAGGAGACCGAGACCUCACGCAUCUACACCUGCCCUGUGGCCGUCAACAUGGAGUUCGAGGUCCAGCACACAAUCACCUGCAAAUGUUGUGGUGAAGUUGUGACCAAGAGAGAAGUGUUUAACGACUUGUCCAUCGACCUUCCCCGGAGGAAGAAGACUCUCCCGCUGCGCUCCAUCCAGGACUCUCUGGACCUGUUCUUCAGAAUGGAGGAGAUCGAAUACUCGUGCGAAAAGUGCAACGGGAAAGCAGCAACUGUGACGCACAAGUUCAGCAAACUACCAAGAGUCCUGAUCCUGCACCUGAAGCGGUACAGCUUUAAUGCUCAGCUCUCUCUAAACUCUAAACUGGGACAACAGGUGGUGAUCCCCCGUUUCCUCACACUGACCUCCCACUGCGCAGAGUCCACACGAGCCCCCGUCAGCCUCAACUGGACCUCGGCGUCCAGGGCCCUCAAAAGCUCCCAGGCGCCUGUCUCUUUAAUCCAGCGGAGAGUGGGAGGGAAAGCAGCCGGGUCGUCUCUGCUCCUAGACUCAGACGGAGAAGACGAGCCGAGCAGAAGGAUCACGCUGAGUCGAAAGAGACGUCCGAGCUGUAGCCUGACGGAGGAGAGCGAGGAGCGAGCGGACGAGGCCCCUGCGGUGAUGGACUCGUCAGACUUCAGCCUAAACGAUGAAGAGAUGUUGGCCGCGGUGCUGGAGAUCAGUCGGCAGGAGGUGGGGCUGGGGGCGGAGCCAGAGGAGGGGCCCAGCAGCAGUCCAGACACCGGCUUUGGGGACGCAGACCCUGGACCAGAGACCGCACCAGAGACCAGACCAGAACCAGGGCCAGAGAUGGUCUAUCACACAGAGAUGGAGACGGACCGGCCGCCUGCAGACGUGCUGGACUCUCUGGACCUCACUAUGGAUGAGAACAAGGAGAACCAGACCCCAGAGGCUCAGGAGCUGGACUGGGUCCAACAGUACAGUCUGGAGCAGGAGAGAGAGGAGCAGGAGCUGCAGCAAGCUCUGGCCCAGAGUCUACAAGAACACGAGGCGCAGGAGAUGAGAGAAGACGACGACCUGAAGAGGGCGACAGAGCUCAGUUUACAAGAGUUCAACAGUUCUCUUCCGGAGCUGCUGUAUUCAGACGACUCUGGAAACGAGGACGUGUUGGACAUGGAAUAUACUGAAGCUGAGGCCGAGACCCUGCGACGGAACGCUGAGAGUGGAUUCUUACCAAACUCCUUCCGUCUCAUCAGUGUGGUCAGCCACAUCGGCAGCAGCUCCUCCUCAGGUCACUACAUCAGCGACGUGUUCGACAUAAAGAAGCAGUCGUGGCUCACCUACAACGACCUGGACGUGUCCCGGACACAAGAGGGCGCUGUGCAGAGAGACAGGGACCGCAGCGGAUACAUCUUCUUCUACAUGCACAAAGACGUGUUGGAGCAGCUGUCGGAGUCAGAGAAGACUGGGCCCAGUUCCACAGACGCAGCCAGAGCCGUGCUACAGCCGCUUUAG